AUGAUGAGCGAUAGUUCGGAAAAGAAAUCAAAGAAAAAGAAGGACAAGAAAGAUAAAGUAAAAACCAUUGGAAACAAAUAUAGAUUGGGAGAAACCCUCGGUAGGGGUGGUUUUGGUGUUGUCUAUAAAGCCUAUAACAUGGACACCGGUGAAUUUGUUGCUGUAAAAAGGAUCACUGUUAAGAAAUGUUCCAAAGAACAGAUUGAAACCAUUCAUACCGAAAUCAAUUUGCUAAAAAAACUAAAGCACAAUAGAAUAGUUCGCUAUAUCGAUCAUAUUCCCUCUAAAAGCAAAUUAUAUAUUGUGAUAGAGUUUGUGGAAACAGGAUCCCUUUUAGACAUUGUACAGAAAUACGGUAACAUGAAAGAAAAUGUAGUUUGCAAAUAUGUAGCUCAAGUUUUGGAGGGAUUGCAGUAUCUUCACUCGGAAGGUGUCAUUCACAGAGACAUCAAAGGCGCAAACAUUUUAACAACAAAAGAAGGUGACAUCAAAUUGGCAGACUUUGGUGUUGCAGCGACAUUGGCUGAUGUUGACGACAAUCCUGUAGGAACACCGUAUUGGAAUGCCAUGCCUGCUUUAUAUAGAAUUGUUCAAGAUCCACAUCCACCACUUCCUUCAGGUAUUUCCAGUGAAUGUGAAGACUUUUUGAUGGAGUGUUUUAAGAAGCAUCCUGGAUCAAGAAAAACUGCAGAACAACUGUUACAACAUCCAUGGAUUCUACAAGCCAAAAAGAAUGCACAAACACAAAAUAAGCCUUCCGCAAAUAAUGAUAAGGAAGGAGAAAAGAAAACCACUCAGUUAAAGAAAUAUAAUGAAGACGAGGAGGAAGACGAUUUCGAUUUUGGUGAAGAUGAUGAUGGAUUGGCAUUGAAAAUUGGUGACAAGCUAAAAUCACCAGUUAAAGAUGAUCCAUUUGGCGAUUCUGAUGAAGAGGACAAAAAUCCAUUUUCUAAUGUUGUCAAUAUUAGACCUGAAAAUAAGGAAAAAUUCUUUCCCAAUCAAUCUUUCUUCGGAGGGCCGACAACCAAAAAGAAUCUGGCUCUUUACAAAGAGGAUGAUGAUGAAGAUGGAGUAUGGGACGAGGAUGAAGAGUGGGACAAUGAUAAGAAUGAUAAAGGAGAGGAUUUAUUUGCUAAAAUGCAAAAACUUCAAGGAAGACCAGUUGAUGAAAUUGGUGACGAUGAUCCCUUUUUCCAAGACACUUUUGAAGAUGCAUUUGACGAUAUGGACAAGAAUUCAGAUGACGAGCUAAUGAAGCCUGAAAAGGAUUUUAAUGCCUUAUUAGAAAGAUUCCAACAAGAUGGCUUGACAGAGGAUCUCUUUGUAGCUCAAUGUGAAAAAAUAAUUCUCUUACUUUCAGAGUUUGCUAGGUUAAAAUGCAGAGUGAAAUCUCUUGUUCCAAUUCCAUUUGUGGAAUUGAUUUCCAUGUCUCAACAGUAUACUCCCUCGUUUAAAACCAUCGAAGCAGCACUGAAACUAAUUAAUCAAUUCAUUGCUGAUGAUGACAUUGCUUGGGUACAGGAAAACGUUCAUUUUAAGGAAACUCUUUGUUUAGUUGGUAUUUUGCCAAACAUUAUGCAAUUUUGUCACAAAAACUAUCCAUAUGCUGUGAGAUAUCAAGCUGGGUCCUUUAUUAGAAGCAUUUUUAAAACAAGUCACUUCACUGUGAGAAUGUUUAUUGGGUGUCAAGGUAUAAGAGUUCUUGUAGAUCUGUUGGCCCAUGACAACGACGCAUUAGAAUCUGGUCUUGCGUUAGUCUUUGAGACAAUUGAAAAUAUUGAGCAAGUUUUCGACUUGCCACAAGAAGCGAUCAAAACUCCUAAGAAUGACUUUUGUAGAUUAUUUGCUAAGAACGGUUUGAUGCUUCGUCUUAGCGAAGUACUAUUACUUUUGGUACGCAAGUUUACAGCUAGCAUGGAAGAUAAGACCAUUAAGAAAUAUCUAGAUAAGACUAUUUCUCUACUUUUACUCUUCUCUAGCAUGGACUCCGUUGUUAGAGCACAUAUUGCAGAAGUUGCCUCCCUAAAACGUAUCCUUGAGGCCUUUUCUAUUCUAAACAUUAAUCAAGACGCUCAAAGAAAAUUCAAACUUACUAUGGCAAUAAUUACAAAGAACUUGGCUACCUAUCCUGUAACAUUCGAAUCAUUCGAGAAGGCAGAUGGUAUUCCUGUACUUGUAAAGACAUUGGCAUUGAGAGAUGCUGACAUUGGGAAUCAAAUGAUCACCGCUCUUCUCCAUCUCACUCGAUUCAAUAAGAAAAGACAAAUUAUUGCUGUUGAAGCAGGAAUCGUUCCAGAAAUUCAAUACUUGAUUUCCAAUGACAGCAUUUUAAAGACGUUCGCUGUAGAUAUGCUUUGUGAAAUUGUAAGAGUGAAUGUACCCAGUGUCAGAAAGGAGUUGAAGGAACACAAAAUGUUAGAAUUUUAUAUUAAUGUGUUAGGUGUUCAAAACUGGCAGCUCAAGGCCAUGGAAUCUCUCAGCAAAUGGCUAAACGAAGACAAGGAAGGUGUGGAAACAGUUUUAGCCAAACCUGAAAAUAUCAACAAGCUUGUCGAAAUGUUCUGCAGUGCUCCAUCUAGAUUUGUUUCAUCUCCUCUUCUCAGUAUAAUCUCUACCUCCGUAAAGCUAAGCAAAGCUUUAAGUCAGUCCCAUGAAUUUAUUACCAAAGUUGUAAAGCACGCUUUACUUCAACCUCACUCAGAUAAGAAAGUAAGAUCGGAUCAACUUAAAAUAGUACAAAGCUUGUACAAGUGGUGUGACAAUCCAAAAGUAAUGACAACAGAGCUUUAUUCUGUUAUUUUCCGUAUCAGAGAGACGGAAAGUUCAAUUCUUAUUAAGGACCUUGCUGAUGACUUAAUAUCAGCGUUUGAGCUUAAUCUUAAGGUGUAA